AGGGCCGAAACACAUAAGCGCGUUGCGGCGCCGCGCCGCUGAAAUCGGCAGUGCGCUAUAGCGGUGCGGCGCCGCAACGCACGACGUGAAUUCCAGCGUUAUGACGUCAUACUUGUUGACAAGGAUGCAGUUUGUUUCUAACACUCUUGCAAACAACACGUGUCAACCGAGAAGCAGUUUUAAAAUUAAAAUGUCUGACGUUGACGUCGAUCUGUUUAUAUCUUCGGUUCAGGAACACCGUUGUUUGUGGGAUACUAGUGACGAAACCUAUAAAGACAAAUUUAUAAAACAAGAAGCAUGGAAAAGCAUUUGUGAGAUCGUUUAUGUUGAUUACAAGGAAAAAAACUCAACCGAAAAAUCAAAACUGGGUAAUGAUUUAGUCAAGAAGUGGAAGGCCAUAAAAGAUAAUUUUGCUAAAUAUCAAAAAAAACUAAAAGAUGCCAAUCGAUCAGGAGCUGGAGCUGCAAAAAUUAAAGAAUAUCACUUGAAUAAACAAUGA